GCGUACAGUAGGUUGGUAUGAUAAACAGCUUUUACCGACUGUGUUUGUAACUGUCAUCAUUUUCAAGUUGAAUGUUAAAAAAAGACUAGAUAACGAAACAAUACUGUAAAUUUUAACACUGUUACUUGUUAGGAAUAAAUCAAGUUUUUAUAUUUCGUAUUUGUAGGUUAGAAUAAGCGGCAAAAUGGAUAACACUCAAUUUCCAAUCCAAAAAAUGGAAGUAGCAGCUCGAAACGUCGAUAAAUCCCUAGCCAUUGACUGUGCUGCUCCGACUUUACUUGAUUUAAUGAAUAUACACCCACCUCAGACUGCCACUGCCAGUGGUUUAACUGACCACGAUUAUCCCGUCCUAAGCGGGGCUCCUCACGCUUUAAACAGCAUGAUUCAAAUCAAAACUGCCAAUAAAGUACCACUGCCACCCGAAAUUUUGGAACACUUUAACCACAUUCAAUGCCAUUGCAUGAUGGGGUUAUUCCCCGAAAUUAAGCGAGCGUGGUUAACCGUCGACAGCGAUUUUUACGUCUGGUCGUAUGAAGACAACACAGACUUGGCGUACUUUGACGGUUUGAAUGAAACUAUUUUAAGUGUCGGUUUAGUUAAGCCAAAGCCUGGCGUUUUCCACGCCUUCAUUAAACACUUACUGGUUUUGACGACUGCUGUUGAUAUUGUUGUUUUGGGGGUCACGUUCACCGCGGGCCUCAAUGGCCCUUUUGACGAAAUACAGUUGAUACCAGACCCUGUUUUUACCGUACCAACUGAUGGUUCGACAAUUACUGCCAUCAUGGGCACGUCUCUAGGCCGGUUGUUUUUGGGGAGUAAGGAAGGGUGUCUCUUCGAAAUUGUUUAUCAAGCCGAAAGUGGGUGGUUUGGAAAACGGUGUAAAAAAAUCAAUCACUCGACUAGCGCUCUGUCGUUUCUUGUUCCCUCGUUUCUGAAUGCGUUGAGUGAGGAAGAUGGGAUUGUUCAAAUAGCUGUUGAUAACAGUAGACACGUUUUGUAUCUACUGACUGAAAAAGGCUCAAUAGAGGCGUACGAUUUGGGGAUAAAGGGUGACUCCUUUAGUCGAGUCACUAAAAUCGCACAAUCGACUCUUGUCAAUCAAGCUGUGAAUAUUGUAAAGACUUUGGACAGCCAAAACUUUCGACCAAUCGUCAGUAUUUCGGCAGUGGAAGCUUCAGAAUCGCAUCAGAUUUAUUUAGUUGCCGUAACUCAGACUGGAGUUCGUUUUUACUUGACUACACAUACCCUCGUCAAUGUUCCCCCAAACCAAAGACCCUACACCUUGUAUCUGCUACAUGUGCGUUUACCUCCGGGUUAUUCAGCCAAUAUUACCAUAAGGCCUAGGGCUGUACACAUUGCACAUCACAGCGAUAGAAACCUACUUCUUUUAUCAACAGUCAACGAAAAAGACGUGCUUUGGUGCGUUAGCUCAGAUCUGUUUCCCUUCAGCCAAAAUUUAAUGGAAGCUUACACCACAAUCAGCUUAGACGGACCAGCGUUAGCUCUAGCCGAGGUUCGUCAGGAAAGCCCCCUUGCUGCUAUAACUCAAGAAGGGAUCCCUUUAGUGGUGCGCCAGCACUCGGAACCACCGAAAAAAUACGUCGUGCUGACAUCACAAGGCGUUUACAUUUUUUCAAAAAUGCGUCCUGUUGAUAUUUUAAGACAGUUACUGGACGAAAGUCAGGGCUUGGAUAACGACAACGUUAAGGCGUUUUUCAUGAUACAAAAAGAGGACCAGGCUUGUGCCACAAGCCUCAUAAUUGCGUCUUUGGACGUUGAUGAAAAUCUAGAACUGGCUGAAUACGCAACUCGGGUGUUUUUCCUGUAUGGGGGAGAGCCCAGGCUGGGGGCCCUCGGCACAAUGAGCCAAACGAAUUUAUUUACAGGGGCUUCCCCGUUUUCGCCAAAUGUGGUGUCAACGCCGGCCCCCCACCAUUUCCAACAGCCCCCACAACCGUCCAGCUUCACCUACCACCCGCCUUUUGACGCCAACAACCCGUUCGUGUUUUCGGCCAAACAUAACGGACUUUACUUGUACUUUGGCAGGAUUUUACGACCGAUUUGGAACCGCAAAUGUAUCGAAAAGUUGUGUUUAGACGGCAAAAAUAUCGUGAACGCUAGCACUAUAACAAGUGACCACUGUCGCUGGAUUUUAAACUAUCUAACAACUCUGCAUAAUUUUCUCCUAACAAACACCCAAUUAGCAGUGUGCGAAAACUCGAGUCAACACUUGGACACAACACUAAACAUCUCCAAGUUUAAUGCAACAAAUCGCCUGAAUCACACCAUUCAAGAUGCGCAAGUUGAGGAGCGCUUAUCACUAAACUCUCUCAAAUUGUUCGUGUGCCACUGUUGCCAAGUCAUGGGACUUUGGCGGAUUUUAUGCGAACACCAGUUCCAUGUUCUGAUCGGUUCGUUACCAGCGAACCAUCAGACUAUUUUACAAGAUACCACUUUUAAAGACCUGUUCUUGUACGGACAAGACAUUUGUUCCUUGCUGAUCACCACUUUGGUUGAUAGUUAUCUGGGUGAUAACGCCUCAGUCGACUCGAUUAGUACCAAGUUGAGAGAAGUUUGCCCACAUUUGUACAAAAUCGAAGAUGCGGCAUUUUCGAAAGCCAACGAAAUGCUGAAAUCGUCCCGAAACAUACAAAACGUUGACGAAAAGGAAGAAAUGGUCAUGAAUGCACUUGAAUUGUGCAAAUCUAUCGCACCAAACAUUAAUUUACCGGGGAUUUGUAAACAAUUUGUUACGCUUAAAGCCUAUCAUGCUGUCAUUGACUUGUGCAUAACUUGUGCCAAAAAAGUCGAUCCGGAUAACAUAGCGCAGCAUUUUUAUAAAAAUGAUUCGUCCGUUGCGGACCAAGAAGGCCGAGAUUUCUACCACAAAAGGUUGAAUAUUUACAAAGAAGUGUUUAAUAUGUUGGACACGUUAUGUACCGAAAACACCCCAAAUUUGAGUAUCAGUUCUGGAAUGCCGCUAGAAAGUGACGCCCGAUUGCUGGUCAACCAAUUAAUCAGCGAUAUUUUGGAAUACCCGGACGAAAUUUUACACGUGGCUCUGUAUGAUUGGAUGAUGAAGAAACAACUGAGCAGCGAACUAAUUAAAGUCAAUAACACGUCCCUUGAAACUUAUCUGCUUCACACGUCGCAACAGAACCCCGAAAAUGUUGCUGUUGUCGACUUGUUGUGGAAAUAUUACGAAAAUAAUAAUAACCACGCAGCUGCCGCCAAAAUCCUUGAUAGUCUGGCGUCAAAAACGGGGAAUUCGCUGAAUUUGAAAGAGCGUUUGGAGUAUUUGACACGUGCCAUAAUGUGCAUGCGGAGUGACAAAGUGGGCUAUGCCCCCUAUUUGGGGGUUUUCCUGCGGGAUCUUGAGGAUAAAAUGGAAGUGGCUAAAGUGCAAGAGCAGAUUUUGGACGCUGUGAUUGGCUUAAGGGAGUCACACCCGGCAGCUGAGGACGCGAUCAGGGCUUUGAAUUCUGGGUUGUACCAGAUUUCGCAAUUGUAUGAAAAUUUCGCUGACCCGCUCGAGCUGUGGGAAUGCCAGCUUGCCAUUAUCGACUGUGCUGGGUACACAGACGAGAAUUUAAUUGAGAAAAUUUGGCGCAAUAUUUUGAGGCGUGAAAUUAGGAAAAGUACCGGCAAUCCCAAUAACAGAAUGGCCCAAAUUUUGGCCAAAGUCAAGCACGUGGCGCGACAAAGUGGCACUUCAACCCAGUGUUUCCCCAUUGCAUUUCUUGUUUCCGAACUGGAGCAAUUGUCGACGUAUUUAAAAGCGGACCGGUCUUUUGUUCCCAAAGCUUUCGUCGCGAUGGAAUUUCCGCUUGAAAGUCUGCUUGAAAUUUACAACAGGCUUAUAUCUUCCAUUUCUGAGAUUCAAAUUUGGCAAAAGGAAGAGAACGAGUUUCAUUUAUUUGAAGCUGUGGCUGCACUUAUUGAGACGUUUCUCAACAGUCAUGAAGCGUACAACAGCGUGCAAAAGCGAAAAAUUAUUUCGCAGUGUCAGGACACAGUGGCCAGUCUUUUAUCAAUUUUGUACAGUAAAGCCAACACUGAGGAACUAAUCAAUAUGUUGAGAGGCAUUCAGAGCAAAUUGUCAAGGUUGUAAAACGGGAAGUUUGUGCCUAGAUUAUUGUGUUCACUAAUUUGAAAUAUUGGUCUUAUUUUAUAUUUUAAGAAUUUACAAACAAAUAAACUGAUUUUUUCUAA